GUGUUUUAAUUUUUGAUUUUUAACAUGAUAUACAAUAUUUCAGCAACUAAUGCUGAAGUGUUGGAUAUUCUAUUGUUUAUUCUGCAAAUGAUUAUAGCUGCUAUAUGAGAUCAGGCAUUGCUUUCUUGACGCCCAAAUUUCAACGUCAACAUAUUUGAAAUAGACAAUUAAAAUAUUACCAUUUACAGAGGUUGAAAUAAAUUCAUUUACUUAAUUAUAGAAGAAAUAUGCAUUUAUUGUUGAUAAAAAAAGUGACUGACAACCACUGAACAAAGAAAAUACUAAAUUAAGCAUUUUCGGGGCCGUCCAGGUUUGGUGGUUGUCCGGUUUUGGUGGUCUCCAACCAGUAUGUAAGCUUAAAAAAUCCUGGUUUAAUUUUGCACUAAAACAAUGAAGGUCUUCAUUCGAAACUAGAUAUAAAUCUUAUGUAUUAGAAUUGGAGGUUACUAUCCAAGGCUCCCAUAACUCUAACAUGGAUUAUGACUGAAUUAUGGCCCUUUGUGAACUUAGAAAAUUGUUGGUUCACGUGUUUCAUGCAGCUUCAGCCUUCAAAACAACUGAAGAUUUUCACUUAAACUUAAUACAUGUCUUAACUGUCAUAAAGGGAAAUCGCUUUUCACGGCCUAUAACUUUGGCAGGGAUUUUGACUUAAUUAUGGCCAUUUGUGAACUUCCAAAAUUCUUGGUGUAAAAUCAAUCUUCAAAACUACUGCAGGUAUGGCUUUAAACAUGUCUUUUAUCAUAGAUUUUGAAUAAAAUAGCCUUGUGUUUUGGUUUCACCAAAGGUUAUCAAAUUUGGUUUCAGCUAGCUGAGGGAAUUAACAUUAAUUGAAGUAACAUUAAAACAUGAGCUUAAAGUAUACUUCUAAUAAAGACUAUCAAUACUAAAAGAAAGUUGGUGGUUAAACUCCUAACACAACUGUGUCUGAAAUAAUACAUGCACCUGAGACCUUCCUCAACCAGUAAAGCUGGAGAGUCACUGUAUGACCUUUACAGUUUUGAUGUGACCCUAAAGUGCAACAUUCAAACAUAUAAAGACUGAUUUUGUCAUUUAAGAUUACCUGAUAUUAUGUAUCUAGGACAUAUAAUAAUGUAAAAAUUAUUCAUCAUAGGUUGUAAACAAAAGAUUUAUUGUUUUCAUAGAUCUAUGUCUGAGUGAUAACCAUUAUCACACUAUAAUCAGGUUAGAACUGUUAUUAUAAAUUUAUAGUUAUUUCAGAAAGCCAGCUUGUUAUAAACAAGGAAGAGAUGUUAAUUUGGAAAUGUCAAAACAGAAUCAUAAAUUUGCAUUAGAUGACAUUAAACAGAAAGAAGAUCCUAAACCAAUAUGUCAGAUUAUUGCAGAAAAAUGUGAUAUAAAAAAGUCAUCAAAUGAUAGAUUAGAUUUGCAGCCUUCAUCAAGAAGAUCAAGGAUAUGUUCUGAUGAAAGUAGAAACAAGAAAAAGUUGAGGGGUGUCAGUUUUGAUAAAGAUAUUAUGAGGUGUAAUGAUGAAUGUAGAAAGGAAGGACAAAGUUCAACAGACUGUGUUAGUACAUGUAUAAAAUGUAUAAAUAAUUGUCCUAACAACAAACUGCAGAAUGAUUGUACUGUUGAUGUACAGAAAAUAGGGAGGAGAAAACAAGGUGUUAUAAGGUACAGCCAACCUAUAGAGAAAGUUGGAAUAAUAAAAAAAUGUUAUAAUUCAAACAAAACUAAAACAGAUAUUUCAAAAACAUCAGUUUGUAAAAAUAACAACCAUGAAAAACAAGGGACAUCACUAUGUAAUAAACUAAAUUGUUCAAUGAGCAAGACAAAGAAUGAUUGUAAUGCCCCUUGUUUAAUGGACCAAAAUUUAAAUGGCAUAAAUCAAAGUUUUGAAGAUACCUGUAACGAUGGAAACAGUCCAGCUAUUAAUUGUUUUAUAAAAGGAACUAAAAGAAAAAGGGAUACUUCUUUGUCAGAUAAAUUCACAGGAAAGGCAAAGAAGGUAUUUAAGGAAUCACAUUCUUGUUCUGAUAGAAAGGAAGGUCAUAAAAUAAGUCAAGUGAAAAAAGGUAAAACACAAAAACAUAGUACUGUGAAAAGGGAAACCAUGAAGCAUAAAGGCUUUGCUUUCAGUGAACACAAAUUUAUUCACAAAAUCCACAAAAGGAUAGCUAAAUCUAGUGAUCUAAUGCCAAACGAGAUGAAUGUAGAUGUUGAUGGUGAGACAAUAGAUACAGAUAGUAUAACAGAGCUAGAGAAUAUUAUACCUUUAGCUGUAGUUAUAAACAAACAUACCAGAAAAGCUAGAGUUAGACAAGAAAAACAGAAAGGUGCUUUACAUAGACAUGUAACAAAAGACGCCAUUUGGACAACUGUUAACUUAAAGUAUUAAAUAUCAGUUUCAUUAUACAUGUAUCAUCAUUAAACACUUUUUUAUGAAUUUCAUGUUUUAAACCUGUGAUAAAUACAAAUAAAAUUGUUAUGUUUUGAAAAAAAAUAUACUUGUUAUUCUGUCAGAUGAAGUAAUAAACAGAUUAUUGUUGGGAAAUACUUACUGAAUGGAUAAAUUC